UUUUUUUUUACGGCUCACAUGCGGCGUGCGUGCAGCGUGGUAGGUCCGCUGUGGAUGGUUUGAAAAAGGAGCAAGGUGCUGGAAAACAUGGAUGACUGUGAAUUGCCCCGUGGUGAAGUGCAGAGAACAUUUUCCUCUCUGAAAAGAUCUACUGUCGAGAAGGAUGACCUGUUCAAGGCCCGUGACAGCGACCUGCCAAAAAAGCGCAACCGUAAGCGAAAAAAGAAGUCUCAGAAAGGGGACGAGGCGGAGGAGGAUGAAGCCUCAUCAGUGGUUGUGGAGCCAUUGACAAUUCGUCUGCUGGCUGAGGGCUUGGUGGUGUUGGGCCGUGUGCAGCAGGUGCAGGAGUUUGGUCUGCGUGUGUCCCUCCCAGGGGCCAUCACAGGCCGUGUAUCUCUGACUAACAUCUCGCAGCCAUACAGGCUCCUGCUGCGCCAGUUUGCUCAAGGGGUCCAGGAUCAAACCACAGAGAUACUUCCCCUGCCAAGGCUGUUUCAAGAAGGCCAAACUGUUGUCUGUAAGGUUAUUGCUGCUGCUCCAGUAGAAUGGGGAUCUUCCAAGGUGUCUGUCGAUCUUUCCUUGGAUCCGGCUGCAGUGAAUGCCUCGAUGACACCGUCAAUACUACAGAAAGGAAUGGUACUCCAGGCAGCAGUAUCGAGCAUAGAGGAUCAUGGUUACACCAUGGAUUGUGGAGUGGACGGUGUCACUGCCUUCUUGUCUCGGGCUGAAGCAACUACAUUCAUCAAGCAGUGCAAUGCAGGUCAUGCACUGGCUGUUGGCCAACUGGUCCAGUGUGCAGUUCUGGCUGAUCCUGGAGGUGGCCGAGCAUUGCAAUUGACAGCACGACCUUCCACUGUCAAUGCACCCCUGGAACUUGAGGACUUCAGCUUGGACUAUGUUCUGCCUGGUUUCCGUGCAGAGGUUACUGUAAUCGAGACACAGAAUGAAGGGCUGGUGGUAGGCUGGAAUGGUAUGGAAGCGUGUGUGCAUCGCAGCCACUUGCCAGGACCUUGGGAUAGCCCAGAGGACAUUGCAGUUGGGCAGACACUGGUGGGCACAUUGCUCUAUGUGCAGCCACUUGUUCAACGACCCUACCUGAGUCUUCAGAAGCCCCUGAGCCGAGCCAUGUUUGGAGCAAUUCGCCCUGGUGCCCUCUUGGAGGGUGCGGCGAAAGUGGUGGCCAUUGAAGCUGGUGCCGUGCACAUGCGCCUCGAGCCCAGUGGUGUCCGUGCCCUCUGCCCACGACCUCUGGUAGCUGAUCAAGAUGUCGAAGAUGCCCGUGACUUUGUCACUGCUGGUGAAUGCCUCACCUGCCGUGUCAUGGCUCUCAGUUACAUGGAUAGAGUUGUGGUUGUGUCCCUGAAGAAGUCCAUGCUGUCAGAAAAAUAUGUUACUGCCGAUGCUUUGGUGCCUGGAGCCAAGUUCGAAUGUACAGUGCGGCAAAUGCAGCGUUCUGGUAUACUGGUCAGUUUGAGCCCUUGGAUGGCAGGCUUUAUUCAAGCACUGCAUGCGAGUGGUCCGGAUGAAGAACAGCCUGCUCUUGGCUCUAAAGUGCGUUGUCGUCUGCUCAAUGUUGACCGUAGCUUUGACCCACCCAGGCUGCUUCUGACCUGCCGGCGUGCACUGGUCACUUCAAAGCGCCCAAUUAUAACCACCUAUGAUGAUGCCACUCCUGGGAAACUUACAGAAGGCCUUAUUGUCCGUACCACACCGCAAGGGCUCCUCGUGGCUUUAUAUAACAAUAUCAAAGGCUGGGUGCCUUCUCGAGAAUUACCACAUCCUGGCCACAGCAUAAAUGCAAAUUACACCGAAGGCAAGGUUGUUACCUGUCGUGUAGUUGACUGCCAACCUUCAGAAGAACGUUUGACAUUGUCACUAAAGCUGGCACCAAAAGGGGAACAGGAAGAAGAAAAGAUGCCUGCUGAGGCAAUAACAAACUCCUUGAAGCCUGGUGCCAUGGAGGUGGGAACUCUUGUCUCUGGUAGCAUCGAAGCAAGGGUAAAAGAUGGCUUCACUGUGCGACUUCGCUCUGGAGAAUGCGCAUCUCUCCCCAGGCAGCACCUGUCAGAUUUCGAGCCACACUGUGCACAUCUUCAUCGACUGCUUGCAGAAGGGACCAAUCUCACCAACCUUGUUAUUUUCAACUCCUCAGGGAAUCUCGUGGUGUCACGGAAAACAUCACUUGUGAAUGCAGCUCAGAGGGAGUUGCUUGUUUCUUGCUUUGAAGAUAUGGAGCCAGGUACUCUUGUGUUUGGUGUUCUGUUAGCCUUUGUGAGGCAUGGUAUGCUGCUGGAGUUGCCUGCAGGCAUCCGAGGCUUUGUUCCACUCAAGGAUGUUGCAGAUGAAUUUCUUAGUGAUGCAUCCAAGUCGGGCUUUGUGAUUGGCCAGUGCCUGGUAGCCAGGGUGACGAAAGUGGACUCUGAAAAACAGCAGGUCUGGUUAAGCACGAGCAUGAGCAGUUGUGGUGAAAAAAACUUUGGUAGCACCAUGGAAUGCCUUGCAGCACAACUUACUGAUGAGGAACUCCUCUCAAGAUUAGAGCAAACUCAAGUUCCGAGUAUUGGAAGCAUCAUCAGAGUGACUGUGGAAGAUGUGGACGAAGAGAACCAGCUUGUUCAUUGCAAGAUUGGGGAAAGUGCACUAUCUGCCACAGCUGAAAGUGUCCCAGGCAGGAACAUUGCAAGUGGUAGCACACACGAGGCUGUCGUUCUCCAUUGCAGCACUGCACACUCAAAUGUCGAGCUGUGCCUUGACCCCCAAGUUGUACGGAAUGUCAACGCAGCAAAGAGAAUAAAGCCUGUUCAGCGGCGUGUCCAGUCCGGUCGAGUUCUCCUUGUGAAGCCCAAUCAUAUGGUGGUUCUUCUGCUGUCUGGCCACUUGUGCCUGGUGCCUACCAAGAGUCAUUUCAACUCCACCUUUCAUUUACCCCUUGAGAAAGGGACCAUUGCUUCUGUGUGGACUUGGAAGCUUUGUGGAAAUGUCAUAGUUGGCUGCACAAAGACCACUGCUGACCAUUUGGGGCACAUGGAAGCAGCCAAAUUGCACACCAGAAAAGAAAAAGGAGAAUCUACAAGUGCCGCCGUGGUGCAACCAAGGAAAGAUUCAUGUCCAGGUGGAGCUAAAUUAAUUCCCAACAUAGAUAGUGAAGCACUGGCUAUUAAUCAGCUUGAUGUGAAGACACAGCAACGUAAGCGAAAGAACUCCGAAGCUGAGCAAGGCAGUAGCAUGGAUGAUUCCGGUAUUACCAAAGGCAAGAACUUGGACAGCAGAAGUGCUAUCGAAGAUGAUUCAGAACAUGCUGUUGAAAUGGCUGCAAGCAGUAAAACAGUAAGCACAUCAUUGGAACAAAAGGAAAUUACCAGCCAGAAGAAAAAACUAAAUAUGCGGAGCUGCAUGGCUAUUGUGAGAGCCGUGGAGAAACUGCAGCUCAAAGUUACCCUUGAAAAUGGCUACAAGGGCCGUGUGCAUAUCAGCUUUGUUGAUGAGAACCCAAAAGAGGGUGAGAGCCCACUGAAGAGGUUUGAGCCCGGUGAUCAGCUGGAAGUGUAUGUCUUGGAGCGUGUUAUACCCCUUCAUAGGCGGGCAUUGGCCAUCACUGGACGCAGGAACUUCUGUGAAUGCAGCCUCUACCCAGCCGAGAGCACAGAGUUUGCCCCAGCACCAGGUAGCGAAGUCAUUGGAUAUUUUUCACAUUUCUCUGAAGGAAGCCUGUACUUUGCAUUGACGCACAACAAAAUGGGCAAACUUCCAGUGUUAAACAUGGACCUACCACCAUCGAGGCUCGGCUACAUACAGACUGACUUCAAGGCUGGCCAGGCUGUGAAGGUCAAAGUCCUCAGGGCAGAUGAAAGCUCGAUGGUGGAACUUUCACAGCUAGGUGUAACCACAUUAACUGUGGACAGCGUUGUCAACGGCUGCGUUGUGAGUGCUCGAGCUGGUGUGGGCGCAUGUGUGUCCCUCCCCCUUGGUCAUCAUGGGACAAUCAGCAUCACUGACAUCUGUGAUGACUUCAGUCAAGCUGCAGCACUGAUGGCCAACUAUGUUCAAGAACGCUAUUUGCAAUGCUACAUCCUAGACCUCGACAGUGAGACAAACACAUACCACCUUUCAACGAGGGAGUCUCGGCUACAUCUUGAGAGUUGCAGAGAGGUUGUAGACAAGGAAAUUGUGGCACUCAGCAACCUCAGUGCAGGCACUACGCUUCGAGGGUUUGUGAAGACUGUGAACAAACAUGGUUGUUUUGUCACUGUGGGAUGUGGAGUAGUGGGACUGAUACCCAUGUCUAAGCUGCCAGCUCCAUUGCAACGGAACCAAAAAGCCAUGAAAAUCGGUGAGCUGGUCAGUGUUGUUGUGAAAAGAAUCCAGGCCUCAGAGAGACGGCUAUUUCUGGGUCUAGUCCAUCGUGUGCAGGCAAAGACUGCAUUGCCUCGCAAGAGGAAAUUGUCUACCUCAUCCACAGAGGAGUCAAUAUUUGACAGUUGCGAAAAGAAAAUUAAGCUUGGGGACCCCCUGCCUCGACUCACUCUGGAUGAGGGAUUCAGCUGGGAUGUCGAAGCCACACCAGACUUGGGAAAGUUACUGGAAGAGCGGCCAGCUGUUUGUAGCAGUGACGACGAAGACGGCAAUGAAGACAAUACAAGGAAAAGCCAAAAAGAUAUCCGUCAAGAGAGGGAGCAAGCUGAAGCACAGUUACGCAAGAAGGAACGCAUGCUGGUUGACCCAAGCCGUGAGCCUGAGACGGUUGACGAUUUUGAUCGUCUGGUGCUGGUUUCACCCAACAGUUCUAUAGUAUGGCUUCGAUACAUGGCUUUCCAUUUGCGUCAAGCUGAGAUUGAGAAAGCACGUGCUGUAGCAAGACGAGCACUGUCAUGCAUUGACUUCAGAGAGGAGCAUGAGAAACUGAAUGUGUGGACAGCACUGCUCAACCUGGAGCACUUGUACGGCACACAGGAUUCACUUGACACUGUCUUCAAGGAGGCACUGCAGUUCAAUGAGCCACUAAAGGUCUACAUGCACUUGGCACAGAUCUAUGUGGCGGGCAACAAGCAGGAGCAAGCAGAGCAGCUGUACAAGCAGAUGCUGAACAAGUUCAAACAGAAAGCAGAUGUUUGGCUUAGCUUUGGCUUGUUCUACAUGAAAUGUGGGCAGAUUGAGGCUUGCAGAGCCCUUCUUCAGCGAGCUCUCAAAAGCCUACAGAGUCGGGAACAUAUUGUGCUAAUAUCAAAGUUUGCACAAAUGGAGUUUAGGUAUGGUGAUCCUGAAAGGGGCCAGAGUAUGUUCAACAGCAUUCUGGACAACUACCCAAAGCGCACUGACUUGUGGCUGGUGUAUGUGGAUAUUCUCAUGAAGCUGGGCGAUGUAGAGAAUGCAAGAAAAACCUUUGAAAAAGCCACAUCACUCAACCUGAAUCCCAAGAAGAUGAAAUCUUUGUUCAAAAAAUGGCUUGACUUUGAAAAGGAACAUGGUGAUGCAUCAUUAUGUCAGGUGGUGAAGCAGCGUGCUGUGCAGUAUGUUCAGCAACGCACAAGUGCUGCACAGUAAAAAUGUACACAUAUGUAAAUAAAGGUGCACAUUUCUUUAUUCAGAAUAAACACAAAGGGAAUUGAUUUCACAA